AUGGAUGUCACUGCGCAGACAUUUCCGUAUCACCUACCAAAGAUGCUAGAGGAUCUCGCAUCUUCUACUUUCGUGGCCAUCGACCUCGAGUUCUCUGGUAUCGCAAUUGCUACACAGGGCAGAGCCGGUCCACCACAAAGCCUCCAACAGAGGUACCAGGAAGUAAAAGAAGGAGCUGACAAGUACCAGAUCCUCCAAGUUGGGUUGACCUUUUGCCAUGAGGAUACCGAGAAAGCAAAAUAUACUCUGAGGCCAUAUAACCUGUACCUUAGCCCGAUAAUUGAUCGCAAGCUGGAAGUUGAGCGAAAUUGGUCGUUCCAAAGCAGUGCGAUUGAGUUCCUUCUGGACAAUAAAUUCAACAUGGACUCAUUGUACAGAAGCGGUGUCCCGUAUAUAUCUCGGGAAGAAGAAGAAAAAGCCAUUGCGAAAGCUAUUGAAAGGCAGAACCAGACCACGGCCAGUACAUCGUUGGAUGUCAAGGAAACCGACCAUGAAUCACUAGCCUUUCUGCGAGUCGUCCGCCAGCUUGUCGAUAGGUGGCUCGCUCUUGGUGAUAAGCGCGAGAAGUUCCUCAACAUUCCGCCCCCCACUAGUGGAAUCAAGUCGCAGGGGCUCAGCGGCAUGCCAUCUUUAUUGAACAGAUUCCAGAAGAGAUUGGUACAUCAACUUAUUGAGGUAGAAUACUCAUCCCUCGUCACUAUCGGGAAGCCUACUUUCGUGCAAAUCAUCGACUAUGACGAAGCCAGGGAAAAGACCGUUCGGGACAGAAGAGUCCAAUGGGUACGGGAGCGAGCAUGGAGGGAGACAGGCUUCAGAUGGGUGGCAGAAGCACUCGCUGGUGGCGACCUCUCCAAUCUUAGGCCUAGCUACUUCACAGGACUCAAGUCAAACUCUUCACACGCGGAUUUGGUUAAAUCGACGACGGAGUUUGCUGACGCCUUCAAGGAGCGAUUGAAGGCUCACAGACCCAUCCUCGUCGGCCACAACCUUUUCAUGGACUUGAUAUACUUUUUCCGGUGUUUCUUUGGGCCGUUGCCGGAUCAGUUGGAAGACUUCCAGUCAAUGGUGCACGAGCACUUUCCUGUGCUCAUCGACACCAAGUACCUUGCCACUCAUGAUUGUGGUUCGAUCAAUCCGACAUCUUCCCUGAAGGAGAUCAAUGACGAAUUGAUGCAGACUGCCACGCCGCUAAUGAGCAUUCAUCCACACUUUGCCAGAUAUAAUACGCAGAAAACCGAACACGAAGCAGGCUAUGAUAGUCUGCUCACAGCACAAGUGUUCAUCAAGCUCUCGGCACAGCGUAGUGGCAUGGAUCAGGUCGAACUCGGUCCGGACCCACAUGUGAACAGACGAUCUCAUACAACCGUCUAUCACGACCUCAACAACCGUUUUUCUCAACUUCAAAUCGCAGUAAUGAGCGAGGGGUCUUCCGGUUCGGCCGCCACUAGUAGCAGUAGGGGAUCGGAAAUCAACACAAAGGAUGACAUCGCCAACGGCAUACGAAAUCCCAGCAAAAAAUCCUUGAUCCCAGGACCAGGCUCUCGAUUUUGGACAGUUUACGGCAACAAACUACGCGUAUUUGGGACAGUAGAAAGGGUCUGCGAGAUGGGAUAG